CUGCGCAGUAUUUCACAUAUCGAAAUAAGCGAGAAGACUAGACUAACAGACUGAGUUCGAAGGUUUGAUGUAGGGCCAAACAUAACAAUAAUAAACAAAAACUGUUAGGAAGUGAAAUAUACUGUAUGAAAUCAUGUUUAAGAAACUGAAGCAAAAAAUUAACGAAGAGCAGUCACCACAAAGGAAUGUCCAGUCAUCACAACAGGCCCAGAUGAGUUUAGGUGAGAGGCGUAGCCAGCCAUCUGUCCUGCACCAAGAUGUCCCUGCCUCCCCAAGUGAUAGAGAGCUGCUGGCUGGGAUGAUAGCAGAGCCCGCUUUUCUCUCUGAAUAUACUAUCUUUGCUCUGGACCAUUCAAAACGACCCAAAGCGGCCCAAGUGCCCACUGCGAAUGCCACUAAGGGAAUGGGUUGCUCUCCUAGAGGCAGUGUGAAUGGAGAUGGGGCUGCCUCUCCAUUGCAGGAGGAGUCACAGUCUCUUGCUCAGAAGCUGCAACAGAGGGUGUCCUCAGUUGAAUCUCUCUUCAGGGGUUCGGGCCGUGCAGAGGGGCUCUUUCGCUCCAGCUCCAGGGAAAGUCUGGUCUUUAGUUCAUCAUGGGAGUCCCUUACCCCACUGGGUGAGAGUGAGGUCUCAAGCAACCAAGCCUUUGACCCCCCCUCUGACAUUGAGAGCGAGGCAGAAGAUAUACCUGGCAAUGCAGACGCACUUUCAAAAGAACAUCUCCUGCAUCGUCUACAUAGGGUGGAAAAGAGUUUGACAAACUAUAGAAGAGAAUAUUCUGAGCUGGUCAUUGCCUACAGGACAGUACAGAAAGAGAAAGAUAAAACACAGGCUAUACUCAGCCAAAGUCAGGACAAGGCAUUGCGAAGAAUCGGAGAGCUCAGAGAGGAGCUGCAGAUGGAUCAGCAAGCCAAGAAGCAUCUGCAGGAGGAAUUCGAUGCUGCUCUAGAGGAAAAAGACCAGUUGAUAUCUGUGUUGCAGACCCAAGUUGUUCUUAUGAAAAAACGACUGCAGGCUGUCCCUUUGGUGUCAAGCGAGGAAGAGGUCUCCCAGCCUGCUGUUGCUACUGACAUGACCUCUGACCCUCAAAGCCCUGAACAAAAUGAGGCAGGGGGUGGCGGUGAGCCAGGUGGCACUGUGGGCAUUGAGGCGUUGCAGAAGCGGGUGUGCAGGCAAGAGUCGCUGCUGCAGCGCUGCAGGGAGAUGAUCCGCACCAGCAAGGAGUGCAGCACACAGCUCAGCAGUGAGAAAGAAGCCCUACAGCAGCAGCUGCAGGAGAGACUGCAGGAGCUGGAGAAGAUGAAGGAACUCCAUACCACAGAGAAGACCAAGCUGAUCACACAGCUGAGGGAUGCCAAGAACCUCAUUGAGCAGCUGGAGCAAGACAAGGGCAUGGUGAUUGCUGAGACAAAGCGGCAGAUGCAUGAGACCCUGGAGAUGAAAGAAGAGGAGAUUGCUCAGUUACGUUCUCGGAUUCAGCAAACUGUGGCCCUAAAAGAGGAGCUUCAGGAGCAGAAGGAGAAAUCAGAGAAAGCAGCAUUUGAGGAGCUGGAGCGUGCCCUAGGUGUGGCUCAGCGAGCAGAGGAAGCACGGAGACAACUACAGGCGCAUAUGGAGGAGCAGGUGAAGCAGGUAGAGCAGGCCAACGAGGAGGAGAGGAGGAGUCUACAGCAGGAGCUCACCAGGGUCAAACAGGAGGUGAUAACUAUCAUGAAGAAGUCUGCAGAUGACAGAAUAGCAGAAAUGGAGCUGUUGCAUUCAGAUGCUCUGGCUAACAAGGACAAGGAAAUCAGUGUGCAGAUAAACCAAGCAGUGGACCAGUAUCGGGAAGAGCUGUUGCAGGCAGUGCAGGAGAAGGAGCAGCAGGCCUCUUUGGCACUGGAGGCGGAGCAGCUGCAGAAGGCAGCCCUGCAGACUGAAGCUGAGGCCAGGGCCAAGGAGCUACUACUAGAGCUGGAGAGUGCAAGAACUAGAAUUCUUGAACUGGAGAGUUCUUUUGUCCAGUGCUCACAGCAGAAGGUUACUCACUCAGACGGGCUUUCAGAAGAGCAGAGGAAGAGAUAUGAAAAUGAGAUAGUUGCUCUGAAAGAGAGGCAUCAGCAAGAGCUGGAGUGUUUGAAGGCAGAGUUGACAGAGACUUUGAGCAAGCAGUACUUCACUACUGUUGAACAGCUGGUACAGAAACACAAGUCUGAGACUGAAGACAUCUUAAAAGACAAAGAAAUACAGUUUCAUGCCCAUAUUAAGGACAUGAACCAAAAAACACUAGAGAAACUGGAUGUAAAGCAUAUUGAGCUGGAAGCCAUGUCCUCUGAGCUCAGUGAGAUGCAGAAGUGUAAAGAGCAGCUAAAGGAGAAGCUUGCAGCUGUUGAGGCUGCUAGUCUCUCGGCUAGGCAGGAGUUUGAGAUGAGACUGAAGGAGGAACAGUUGAAAUAUCAGACUGAGGUUGAAGGCAUAAAGCAUCAAAAAAGGAUGGUGCUGGAGGAGAAGGAUAAGGAGUUAGAAGAACAUAUUCUAAGGGCAAGAAUCCUAGAGGAAGAUAGCAAAAAGGUACAGCAAGGUGUUGAAGCACAACUAAAGGAAAUAGAAGCUGUGAGGUCUAUUGCACAGUCUGAGAAGGAGGCACUUGCUGAUGCUAAUGCUCAUCUUAAAUCACUGAAAGCAGAACUUGAAAAGUCAAAGAGUGAAUUAAAAGACCUUGAGAAGCUACUUGAAACCAGUCACAAUGACUGUCAGCAGAAAGCAGAUUGUCUUCAACAGAAGACUAAUGAAAACAUAGAGCUGCAACAAAGGGUACAGCAACUUAUGAAUGACAUCUCUGAGAAAGAUAGUUCACAUGCUGAAACAUGCAAAGCAAUGCAAGAGGAGCAAAAUCAGUUAAGGAAACAGAUGGAUGACAACAGGAGUUCUUAUGAGAUAAGAAUUGAGAGCCUAAAAAAAGAAAUGGAUGGCAAGUUAAAAUCCCAGGAGACAAAGAUGGAGAAAGUCAAACAAAAAUCCAAAGAAAUUCAAGAAAGGUUUAAGAAAAUGCUUCAUGAGCAAGAGGAGAGUGCCAAAGCUGAGCUAGACAGAAUGGAUAAAGAACUUCAGGAAAAAGACCAACAGUUGAAACACAAGAUCCUUGAGAUGGCCCAGGCCAGCUCAGAGGGCCUCAGCAGUGCUAUGUCUGAUUUAGAGGCAAAUCACAAGGAGCAGUUAAGGAAGCUUCAAGAUUUACACCAACAUGAACAAGAGGGCCUUCUUCAUAGCUGGCAGGAAAAGCUACGUCAGCUGGAGGAGGAGAUGCAGGAGAAGCAUGUACUCUCAUUGCAAGGUAAAGUGAAAGAGCUGGGGAACCUCUCUCAACAGCUUUUAGCGAGCAAAGAGGACAAGGAGCAAGUAGUCCAAGAAGUGAAGAACCUUAGGGAAGAGCUUGCCAUGAGAGAAGUGACUGUACAUAAACUUCAAGCAGAGCUCAGGGAAGCUGCAGUCAAGCUGGAAAGUUUGUCCAAAGGAGAGGACAUCCUCAAAAAGCAGGUGGAGACUGUAGAAAAAAAUCUAAACCAGGCCUUGACUGAAAGGAACCUCUUUCAGGAUCAACUCAGCAAAGCUGAGGAGGUGAGUAAAGAGAGAUUGCAAGCCCUGUCUGAAGAGCUAGAAGACACAUGCCAGAAGCUUGCAGUACUUAAAGCUUCAAGGUGUAAGGAAGGUGAGGAUCUGCAGAGAACCCUUGAAGAGAAACUCGGUGAUCUUCAAACUAAGGAAAAAGUAUUUCAGAUAAAAAUUGGUACCAUUAGCAAGGAGCUGAAGCAGCACUGUCAAGAUGCGCAAGUAAUGUUAAGUAGUUUUUCAGAUGAUCUCUGCAAUAAAGUGGAGGCCAAAGUCAUUGAGCUGCAAAAUAGGGUUACAUAUAAUCAAAAAAAACUUUCACAUCUCAAAAAUGUCAUCUUGACCAAGAAUGACAAAAUCUGCACAUUAGAGAGAGAAUUUCUGCAAGCAACAGAGGAGAACCAGAACUUUAGGAGGUCUCUUGACCAGAUGGCUCUUCAACUAAAUGUAAAUUCAGAGAAUCUUAAAGCCUUAGCAGUUGAGAAGGAGUCUUUGCAAAAAGAUGCUGAAAAUAACUCCCAAGUACUUUCUGAGAAAGUUGUUUGUAUAGAGAAACUGGAUGAAGAAAACAAAAACAUAUCAGAAAAACUUAACAAAAAUAUUUUGCAUAUAAGUAAUUUGGAAGGUAUCAUAGAGGAUCUGAAGACCCAGUUAGUGACUAGCAUAACUGAAAAGGAUGAAGCCAUAUCUCUGCUGAAUCAGCAGCACACUGAGGAGAAACAAAGUCUCAAAUGCCAAAUGAAGGACGUUGUAGAAAGAGCAGACAAAGAAAAGAGUUUGGCUCUCGAACAAGUAGACACACUCAGGAACAAGCUGACUGAGAUGAAAAAGAAAGCAGAGUCCAAGUUUGCUCAGAACCACAAUACUAUCAAGUCUCUCCAGAGUAAGGUGGAGCAUAUGGAAAGAGAGAUAGCAGAAAAGGAUGAACACCUUCAGACACUUACUGCAAGCAUUGACAAUCAGUCCAUUAGUAAGUCAGAAAUGGACCAGAUACUGAGUGAGAAAGAACAAAUGGUAAGUGCCUUGACCUUAGAGUUGGAAACCUGCACAAGGAGGAUCCAUGAUCUGGAGGACCAGCUUGAAUUGCAGACACAAGGCAGGGAACAGCUUGUGAGUGAGUUGAAGCAGCACCAUAGCAUAAAGGAAAGUGAAAAAAUUGAGCUCAUCCAACAGCUCCAGCAAGCCCAAAAGCAGUGCUCUCAGAGAAACGAUUUUGUUCAGGAAACUGAGGAAAAGCUUCAGGCUUUAGAAAUAGACAUCCAGACCGCCAGACGGCAACUGGAAAGUCAGCAAGAAGACUUUGAGAGGGAGAAGACGGACAUCCUAAAAGCAAAAGAGGAGGCUUUGAAGUCAGCUGAGGAAAGUGCAGCAAAAGUAGCAGAAUUUAAAAAGAAAGCUGAGCAUAAAAUUGGUUUGAUUCGGAAACAGCUAAACUCACAGGUUGAGGAAAAGGAUCAGACUAUCCAAGAUCUCCAAGAACAGCUCAAGCAGAGACAGGAUGAGAGAGAAAUGCAGAUGAAGAGUUUGGAGGAGAAUGGGAAGAUCAUGGAGGAGGUCAUCAAUAAACUAAAGGAAGAGCAUACAAACUCGCUGCAAAUCUUGAAGGACAUGUAUAAGGAGAAGUUGGCAACUCUUCAUAAAGAGGCCUCUGUAAACAAUGAGUCAGCUGCUGCAAGUAGAGAAAGAGAGGAAAAAGCCCUUUCAAGGCUCAGGGAUCUGGAAAUCAACCUUAAGGAAUGUGAAAAGCAGAACGCUACCUACCAAGCUGAAAUCAGCUGUCUUAAAGAAGAACUGCUUAAAAAGGCUACGUUGGUUCAAGAGCUUCAAGAGACUAUCUUAAGCCUUCAGGCACAAAUUAAAGAGAAAGACACUAAUUCUAUACAAAGGGAAGCAUGCUCUGUAGAGCAGACCUACAAUAUCUUAGGUUUCGAGCCUUUGAGAUCUGUGGUGAUGGAAGAAAAUGACACAAACAUGAAACAAAUAGACUGGAAAAGUGAAAAGGAUCUCUUGGUGAAAGAGUAUGAGAUGAAACUCCAAGAUCUCAAUAGGACACUGGAGGGAAAAGAGGCUCAGCUUAGAGCUCAGGAGAAUGUACAGAAGAGACUUGAGACUGAUGGUGAAUGUCUUAUAGAUUGCUCCAAGGGCUCAGAGAAUGAUCUACAGAAAAAGCUUAUGGAAGCUGAAAAAGAAAAGCAUAAGAUUCAAAAAGAUUACUCCCAAAUACAAAAAGACCUUCGCACACUGAGGAAAGAGCAUGAAAAGGAACUGGAAUACCUGACGAAAGAAAUGUCAGAGGAGAAUGAGAAGAAACUGAAACUUGAAAUGGAAGAUAUGGAAAUGAAGCACAACUCUGCUCUUAAACAGUUGAUGAGGGAGUUUAACACCCAAAUGGCUCUAAAAGAGAAAGAACUUGAGGCCUCUGUAAAGGAGACUAUCGAAAAGGCCCAGAGUGUUGAAGCUGAGCUAAUGGAAAGCCAUAGAGAGGAAGUCAGUCAGCUUCAAAAAAUAAUUGCCCAGAAAGAUGAUGACUUGAACAGAACUGUUCAACGUUAUGAACAAGUCCUUCAGAAUCGUGAAGAGGAGAUGGGAACUCGCGUGUGGGAGGUACAGAAGGAGCUGGAGGAACUGCAGCAGAGGAGCCUCAGUGAUCCUCAGAGUAUGGAGGAAAUUCAGGUCCAUCUUGCCAAGAAGACAACCCAGCUGAGUGAAGCCAGACUGAAAGAGCAGGAAUACCAAGAGAAGAUUCAUACUCUGGAAGACAAGCUACGAAGCACAUAUAAAAAAACAGUGGUGACUCACCUAGGAAGUACAUACAGAGAACCCUCACACUACAGUGCUGAUCCCCUGUCUGAGCCCACAGAGUUUGAAUACAUGCGGAAGGUGAUGUUCGAGUAUAUGAUGGGGCGAGAAACAAAGACAAUGGCCAAAGUCAUAACUUCCAUGCUUAAGUUUCCUCCAGACCAGGCACAGAAAGUUCUGGAACGUGAAGAUUCUCGGGUGAUGCCUUGGCUCCGGUAAGGUGGAAUCCUGGUCAGAAGGAAAGAGACUGCUGCUACUGACAGAUGGUUCAGAGGAGCUAGAACUUGACUAAGACACCUUUCGUGUGUGUGUGUGUGUGUGUGUGUGUGUGUGUGUGUGUGUGUGUGUGUGUGUGUGUGUGUGUGUGUGUGUG